AUGGUCCGCAUGCAUGGUAAUGGUCACGGCAAAGCCGCCUCAUCCCUCCCAUUCCGCCGCACACCACCGUCGUGGCUGAAGAUCGCCAGCCGCGAUGUCGUCGAGACGGUGUGCAAGCUCGCCAAGAAGGGUCUCUCCCCCAGUAAGAUCGGCAUGCAGCUGCGAGACUCCAUGGGUAUCGCCCAGGUGAAGAACGUCACGGGCCGCAAGAUUCUGCGUAUUCUCAAGCACAAGGGAAUGGCCCCGGAGAUCCCAGAGGACCUCUACUGUCUCAUCAAGCGUGCGACGGAGAUGCGGAAGCACCUGGAGCGCCACACAAAGGACAGGGACACAAAGUUCCGCCUUAUUCUUGUUGAGUCCCGCAUUCACCGCCUGGCUCGUUACUACAAGCGUGUGAAGCAGCUGCCACCCACGUGGAAGUAUGAGUCCAGCACGGCCUCUGCCAUGGUUGCGUAA